AUAAGAUGGGUUAUUCUAGACUAACUUUGGGAUAAAUUUUAUAACUUGUUUGGUUAAAAGUAUAAAGGGAUAAAUUUAUACCUUCAACCAAAUAAGUUAUAAAAUUUAUCCCAAAAUCAAUCUCGUGAUAUCCGACCUUAUCAUGCGUACCAAACGACCCCUAUAGCCUAUAUAUAAGCACUAUGAAGAAGGCUAUACAUUAUGAGCAAGAACUGAGAGAAAAGACAGGUGAAGAAUAUCAGCAUUAGCCAAAAUGCCAAGAUUUUACCCGAUGAAUGGUGGUGAUUCUGCUUACAGCUACUCCAAGAACUCCCAAAUACAGAGAGAAGUGUUAGAUGGUGCAAAGGAGAUGGUCAGAGAUGCAAUUGUUGAAAAGCUUGACAUCAAAAGCCUAUUGUUAUCUUCUUCAAACACAUUCCGUAUUACAGACUUGGGAUGUUCAAUUGGACCAAACACAUUCAGCUCAAUGCAACAUAUUGUAGAAGUUGUAAAGUUCAAAUACUAUAAUCAAAUAUUCACAAAUUCCACAAAUAACAUUCUUGAAUUCCAAGUUUUUUUCAAUGACCAUAUCACCAAUGAUUUCAACACUCUCUUUCGAUCACUACCCGUCGAUAUGUCCUAUUAUUCAACCGGAGUUCCAGGAUCUUUCCAUGGAAGAUUAUUUCCAUCGCGAUCGAUACAUUUUGCGCAUUGUUCAUGUGCUAUACAUUGGUUAUCUAAGUGUCCAGAAGAGUUAUUAGAUGAGAAAUCCCCUGCAUGGAAUAAAGGAUUGAUUCACUAUGUAGGUGCCUCAAAUAUUGAAGUAGUGAAUGCCUAUAUUGCUCAAUUCAACAAGGAUAUGGAAGUUUUCUUGAAUGCAAGAGCUGAGGAGAUUGUUGAAGGAGGAAUGAUGGUGCUACUUUCACCAUAUUCUGGUUAUCGUUACCUCAAAUUUUUCGCAUCUAGUCUUAUGGAUUUGGUGAAUGAGGGAAUGCUAGAUGAAUCUCUAGUCGACUCAUUCAAUGUGCCAGUGUAUUUUCCCUCUCCUAAAGACAUGACUAAAGUGGUAGAGAGAAAUGGUUAUUUUAGCAUUGAGAGAAUAGAGUUGACAUAUCCCCCAUCAAAGCUUGUGGAUGAGGCUGAUGCAAAAAGUUUAAUCAUAAACCUAAGGGCGGUUUUAGAAGGACUUUUCAUCAAUCACUUUGGGAGUAAAAUUGCAGAAGAAGCUUUUGCAAGGACUAUUCUCAAAAGUGAAGAGAUUUCAGCAUGGAUGAAAAUUGAUUGCGAGAAAGCAUGCCAAUUAUUUGUUGCUUUGAAACGUAAAUGAAUUUCUUGCUGGAUAUUUGCAUCUAUUACCGCUACAGUUUUCUGGAAUAAGUAGUUG